AUGCAAACGGAUGCCAAGCUCCUUACGCUCGAGGCCGACUUGCGCCGGCUGAGCGAAGCCGCGGGCACCAACGACAUCGACAAGAUCAUUGCCAAGUACCUCUCCCGCGAAGAGACCUUCCGGAACCUCAAGGAAGAGCAUGCGAUCACGGACGCCAAAAUGCGCAAGCUCCGCGAACAGUACAAGCAGCUCUCGGACCAGCUCACGACGCUGCGAGGUGCAACCAUGAACACGCGCGGCGCGUACCAGGAGAUGGACGACACGGCCGAGAAGCUCAAGGAGAUUGAAAAGAACGUGUCGGCGCUCCAAGAGCGCUGCAACCGCUCCAAUGUCCUUCUCGACGCAUUUCGUUCGUGCAUGGUCAAGUGCUUGGCGAAAAUGAGCUCGGUCCGAGGCUCCAUGGAGCUCGAGAACGAGGUCGACUUGAACAAGGCCGGCGACAUCUCGACCACCGACCUCGUGCACCUCGUCGAGCAAAAGCUCAGCCGCAUCCUUGAUGUCAUCAACCGAGAAAAGGCCGAGCACGAGCUGCAUCGGUCCGAGACCGUCACGAGCAGUCAUGGCAGCAACAACGCGGGCGACGGCAAGGGCCACGUCUUGGCGCAGCCGUCGCCCAAUGAGACGGAGGAGCAUUUUAUCUUGCGUGUUUCGACCGCCGACAACUCGCAAGGCAACAUCCGCGUCCGGCCGAAGACGCAACCCAAGACCUCCAAGGUGGCCAAGAUCCUGCGCCAUAGCCACGACCAUACCGGCGGGUCGCCCAAGGAGCCGACGCGGUCCAAGGACGACGACGAUGUGCCGCAGCCCGCGGCCGAGACGACCGACGAGCCGCUCAUUGACCGAGCGAUGCGCAAGAAGCUCGUGGGUCUUGUCAUCAACCGCGGGAAGCGCGCCAAGAAAGGCGGCGCAGGCACACCAGGGACCGGGCCCGCGUAA